CUCCUCAGCAGAAGAAAACUACAUCCACUCUCCAGCACUGAUCCAGCAAGAUGACGUCCCGCCCAAAGAUCCGCGCCUGUCUAUUUGACAUGGACGGCCUCCUCAUCAACUCUGAGGAGAUCUACACCGAGACCACGAACUCCAUCCUCGCCGAACAUGGCAAGCCCUCCCUGCCCUGGCACAUCAAAGCCGACCUCCAGGGUCGUCCCGGUCCCGCUGCGUCCGCAAAGUUCCUCGAGUGGUCACAACUGCCGUAUACUCCCGAAGAGCUGUUUAAAAUAACCUCGGCGCGUCAGGAGUCGAAGUGGAAAGAGACAAAGCCAAUGCCGGGCGCAGUCGCGCUCCUCAACCGACUAGUUGAGAAGAAGAUCCCGAUCGCGCUUGCAACUUCGAGCCACUCCAAAAACUACUUUCUCAAAACCGCACAUCUACAGGAGAUGUUCGAGCUCUUUGGGCCUCACAAGGUUACCGGAGAUGACGAGCGGAUCCCGAAAGGUCGUGGAAAGCCGGCUCCAGAUAUUUGGCUCGUCGCUCUCAAAUCACUCAAUGACGAGCUACUCAAGUCUGGUGACAUCGACACACCUAUCAAGCCUGAAGAGACUCUUGUGUUUGAGGACGGUAUUCCCGGCGUCGAAGGUGCCAAGGCAGCAGGCUGCCAGGUUAUCUGGGUUCCUGAUCCAAGAAUUCUGGAGGUCGUUGAUGAGAAAAAGGAAGAGAUCAUCGGUACCAAUGGCGAGAUUCUGGGCAGUCUAGAGGAGAUUGACUAUGAAAAGUAUGGCUUAUAGAUUUACGCGUUACAAUACUGGCUUAAGCUGUCUUUGAUAUUCUUUAUAAUUGAUGUCAAAUUCGGUCUUCAAUGUGUUUCUGAAUGACUUCCGUCAUUGCAUUCAUGUAGUUUGACGAUUAAAACCCUAAAUGCAUUCACAAAUAGCUCGUCAUAAGGCCAUUACGACAUCUUUCUGCUUGAUCUUCAUGACAAUUGGCUAUAUAAAAGCAAUUUGUCACAGUCUUAUAAUAUCCUUAUCUCCAAUAGUCAUUUCUGUAUUGCAAGACUACUAGUGUAGACUUGUAGACUUGUAGAAC